AUGCUUUCAAACAGUUCCAUCUACUCUAUUUCCCUCACACAGCUAAGUCAACCUGUGAUCUCCUUUUCCCCUUUUUUUUUUUUUUUUUUUUCCCUUUUUCCCCCUUUUUUUCUUUAUUCCCCCUUUUUUUCUUCCCCUUUUUCCCCUUUAUUCCCUUUUUUUUCUUUAUUCCCUUUUUUCUUUAUUCUUUUUUUUUCUUUAUUCCCCUUUUUUUCUUUAUUCCCCUUUUUUUCUUUAUUCCCUUUUUUCCUUUUCCCUAUCCCCCCCUUUUCCCUUUUUUUUUCUUUCCUCCCCUUCCCCCCUCAUAUUCGAGAUCCCAAUAAUGUUCCGCACUCUAUGCACAACCUGAAAAUAACUGUGAAGGACUUGAACACGCCUCCCCCACAGCAAGCGGUUGCCCGCAAGAUGAUGACGGAUACUGUCGCAAGUGCUCAGCCACAGUUAAUGGAUGGUAACCAAAGGAAUGUUAUUACAAUUGGGGACUAUGAUCUUCAGCUCAGUGCCACUACACCAUGGUUUGAAGCUUACAGAGAAUGUUUUCUUCAUUUGUUGCCACCAUCGGAUCAUGAAUUUCUCAACCACUGUCUCGCAUGCAUGUUUGUUGUUUCCUCCGGCCACACUGAUCCACUCGGAGUAUUCAACACUUUAUCACAACAGCAGAGCCAGCAACACAAUCAAUUUCCAAACAAGUUGCCCAAAUGGUUCUGUCCUAACAUUCUCAAGUACUAUGUACUCUUACAUGAUGUAGUGGAAGGAGAACAAGCAAAGUGA